AUCGAUUCAAACUGUUUGCCAGCACUAAUACAUGUUUGCCAUGUUCAAAACAUUGCACAGCGUGGAUACAGAAUACUCGGCCGAUUCGGUAGAGUGGUGUGCCCAGGAUGAUCAGCAUGCCGAGUACUUUGCCUGCGGAACCUACCAGCUGGUUCAAUUGGAGGAGGGGGAGGGAGAGGACGAUGAGACCACCAAGAAGCGACCACGCAAGGGACGCGUUUACCUGUACCACUUUGAGACGGGCAGCGGAGAACUGGAGCGGCUGCAGUGCAUUGAGACGGCGGCCAUACUGGACAUGAAGUGGCUGCCAGCAUGGAGCAGCGACAGUGGCCCACUGCUGGCCACAGCUAACGCCUUGGGCGAGGUGGAAAUCUACGAGCUGCUGGCGGAUGAAAAACAGCUGCAAAAGCGCACGUGCCUGGCUCUGGCUGAGGCUCCACUGGCCCUGGCCCUGGACUGGCAACGCGAUGGAGAUGCCGUGCAGCUGGUAGUCUCCGAUUCGAAAGGAAAUAUUAGCCAUUUGCGCUACACCGAGCAGGGAGAGCUGUCCGUUGUGGACACAUGGAAUGCGCAUGAAUUUGAGGCCUGGACGUGUGCCUUUGACCGCUGGACGCCGCAGCUCGUGUACAGCGGUGGCGACGAUUGCCUUCUCCUCGCCCGAGAUUUGCGCACGGAGCAGCGUGUGUGGACGAACAGGGCGCACCAGGCGGGCGUUACCUGUCUGCUCAGCCAUCCGCAGCACGAGCACCACCUGCUCACGGGCAGCUAUGACGAGCAGCUGCGUCUCUUCGACACGCGCGCCAUGAAGCGCACGCUGGCCGAAGUGAAUCUGGGUGGCGGCAUCUGGCGCCUCAAGCCGCAUCCCAAGCGACUGGACGUCAUCCUGGCCGCCUGCAUGUACACCAACUUUAGCGUCGUUCAACUCGACCUCAAGGAUUCGGCAUUAACGCUGCUGGGCACCUACGAGGAACAUUCUAGCAUUUGUUAUGGCGCCGACUGGCAUCCAAAUUUAAGCGAGGAUGAUGGACUAACACACAUGGCUACCUGUUCCUUCUAUGAUCACAAAAUGUGCGUGAGCAGCGUUCAUCUUGGCUGUGUUAAGUCGGAUUAAACAACAAAUAAAUGUAAA